AUGCUGCGCACUACACUCUUCGUCCUUGGGACGUGCUAUCAAGCACAAGCAUGCUCCCGUGUAACAUACACCGCAAGCGAGGAUCGCAUCGUCGUUGGACGGUCUAUGGACUUUGUCGCCGAGACAAACACGACAUUCUUCGCUUACCCAGCUGGGUUGAAACGUACUGGCAGCAGCGUUGAAGCGAACGGAUACAACUGGACGUCCAAAUAUGGCUCCGUCACGGCCCUCAUGUACGGCGCAGCACAUAUUGAUGGCGUCAACGAAAAGGGCCUCACGGGAAGCUGCCUUUACCUAGACGGCAGCGAUUAUGGAAAGCGUGAUGACAGUAUUCCCAGCAUGUGGGUUGGACACUGGCUACAGUACUUUCUCGACCAGUAUGCCACCGUCGAGGAGGUCGCGGAUGCUGUUUGCCCUGGCAGCGGAAAGCCGCCGUUCCAAGUUGUUCCCACGGCCCUCGUACCUGGUGUCAACUCGGUAGGCCAUUUGUCAUACAGUGACCCAUCAGGAGACAACCUUGUCAUGGAGUAUGUCAAGGGGAAGUUGAAUUGCUAUCAUUCGAAGAACUAUACCGUCAUGACGAACGAACCUACGUACGAUCAACAACUCGCAAUCAACACCUAUUGGGAGCCAAUUGCCGAGUCGGCUCUUCCAGGAACAUCAAGACCUGCCGAUCGCUUCGCCCGACUCUCACACUACCUAUCGGAGAUCCCUCAGACAAAGGAGCUGACAAAGGCUAUGUCUUAUGCUGCGGGAAUGAUUAGAGCUGUCAGCGUUCCUAUUCCUGAAACGAUUACACCGAAGCCUGGAGCAGCAGAUAUCUGGCCAACUUACUGGCGAAUCUACGCCGACCUCAAGGAUUCGAUGAUUUUCUACGAAUCCGCUUCUGGUCCUGAGCUCUUCUGGUUCAGCUUGGAGGACUUUGAUCUCUCAAAGAAUGGCACCACCCAGGUCUUGGAUGUUCAGGCUGCGCCGUGGGAGGAACGCGUCGGAGAUGUUUCUAAGCGCUUCAAGAAGGCUACAAAGGAGCAAUGCGCAAGGUCUGAUACGGAAUGCUAG